UUCUAAAAACAACCUGUAACAACAGCCUCUCUUUGCAAGUAAUGCAAGUUGCAAUUUGCUUUGCUUGGUGUAAUCAACACCUUUGGAACUUUCUCAUUUCCGUGUAACACGACAUGUACAUGUGCGUAUUGUGCGUGAAGAAACAAGUGCUUCAAAUAAUCAAGAGGAGAAUUUUUUUUUCAGGAUCCGAACAUCAUACGGUUGAUUCCUCUUAUUCUAUUCCGACUUAUUCUACUCUUGCUCCUUCACUACUUGGAGUUGUCUUGCCUCGUCUUGUUUAUGAAGAUUUGGAAUAGGUAGCCGAGCUUCUGAUAUUCAUUAUUCUUCUGCGGAAACCUGAGCAACUCCUCAUGAAAUGUUUCAGGUUAUCACAGAUGGUCACAUUAGCAUACCAACUGAACACUGACUCAGCAUCCCUUUUAUUUGUGAUCUAUACCAGUCCAGUCACUCUCUAGGCCUACUUCAAAUUUCUCGUCUUCAUUCUUCUCAACCACAACAUUGAUGUUGGGAGUCUUAAUUACAGCUUUCAGAUUUUGUUGUUUCAAUUUCCUGAGCUUAGCGCAGCGUAACCAUGUUCUUAUCGGUUUCUAUUAUGCAGAGAAGAACGUAGUAACAGUUUUCUGAUCAUCACUGCUGCUGUAGGACUCAUGGUUGUCAGCCUAUAAGAGAUCCAAAAAUCAGAAAACAUGGACCCAACACCGUCACAUAUUGAUGAAAAUCCUGCAAUGGGUCCUACAUGCGCAGAAGCCAUAGCAAACUUGGAGGCAAUCAUGAACUCAGCUCAAGACUGCUUACGAAAACUUCAAUCCGUCUCCUCUGAAACCCCAACAACUGAAGAAUCUCCAUCAAAGAAGCAGAAAUCCUCUAAUGAAAGUGUUUCAACUGAAUGUGACUCCGGUUUUGGAAGCACUGUUUCAACUUCGAAUCUGGGAGAAAAUCUCCCAGAUUCAAAUCAGGAAAUGGAAAUUUGCGAUCAGGAAGCCUUUCUCAAACCUGAAAGAAACACAAACUCUUCCGAGGCCACUGAUAAUCUUGAACCCUCCUCCACUUCUUUUCCUCAUGAUGUACCCAUGCACUCAACAAAUAUUCAAUCGAAUAAAAGUGCUGGAAAGCUAGAUGAUCCAACCCAACUUAUUGCAUCUUCAACUCAGACUCCCAGAGAGGAAGCUAUCUCAAACUACGUAGAAAGACGUUUUGUCCUUGUGGGUUCACCAAUGGAUAGAAGUUAUGAGGUUCGACCGUACCUCAAACUGAGGAAAAACUUAGCCCAUCCACGAAAAACAUAUCUACUCUCUCAAUGUUCUCCUGGUAAAUUUUCCCCUCAAAAAAACAGUCCUUCAAGACGCACAAGUAUUUUGCAGCCGUUAUCGGCAUCGCCCUCCACAGCUGAUUAUUUUGAUCGAAAACACUCUGAUUGUUCCUCGUCUCCGCGGAGGUUUGCAAGUGAUCUUCCCACUUUAUUGAAAACGCCGUUUUCAAGUGAUCUGUUUAGUAAAAAGUCUGGGCUUGUUGACAAUCUCAAGGAAAAGCAGAUAGAAGACAGCAGAGAUGCAAGUGCAUCUAAGAAAGUUAACCCGGGACCUGUUCCAUUUGAUAAAAGAAAACGGAAACGAAAAACUCCGUUUAUCUAUUUGAAGAAGUUCACCAAGCCCAAAAAAAACAGCUCAGUCGGAGAUAUGCUAAGCCCUCCUGAAGAGUACGAGGUAGAAUAUAUUGAGUCCCACAAAAUUCUCGAAAAUAACGAGUGCAUGUUUUUUGUCAAGUGGAUCGGAUGGGACGCAAGCGAUAAUACCUGGGAGCCAAUCACUAAUCUACUCAAUUGCCAAGAAAAGCUAGUUGGCUAUUUCGAACAACUGCUCAGAUCGAAUGAGCACAAACAAAUAUCGCUUCUCCGAAAAAACGCCAACCUAAGAGAAUUGAGACAAACCUUAUCCCGAACAUCCGAAGAAGAACUCAACCAAUUGCUAUCAACUUACCGCUCUUCACAGGGUAUCAAAUUGCCUGUCCCAAACAGAGAUUUCAUAGAUAAGGCACUCCUUCUUUUUACCAAACAGCUACCAAAAGAAAUGCUAGAACCAAUGAAGAAGCGACUUCGCCACGAAUUGCUUCUGGAGAAACUCUGUGCCCACCGCAAAGCUCAGCUAGUUUCCCUGCAAGAGUGGGAACUUGAAAUCAAUUUUCUUGCUCAGAACUCGGCCUUGAUCACAGUAGAGAAUAAUGUAGACUUGGAAGGGCCCCCUCCCAACUUCAACUACAUCAACCAUUAUUUACCCGGUGCUGGGGUUAUUAUACCCAAUGAUCCUCCCUUUGGCUGUGAUUGUCCUGGCGGAUGUACAGUGAGUUCGCAGCUGUGUUGCGGAAAAGAAUCCGGCUUUGCUUAUGACCAACACGGAAGAAUCAAGGUGCCAAGAGGUACUCCUAUCUAUGAAUGCAAUAACCGCUGUACGUGCCCUGUCAAGUGCCGAAACCGUGUCAUCCAGCGUGGCCAGCACUACCGUUUGUGCAUCUUCAAAACUUCUAACGGUUGUGGCUGGGGCGUUAAAGCCUUAGACGAUAUCAAAAAGGGUUCUUUCAUCACAAAAUACGUAGGUGAAGUUGUUACCGCAGAAGAGGCGGCUGUCCGCUCGAACACUGAUUCGAAAUUCUAUCUAUUCGAUUUAGAUUUCAAUUGCCCUGAUAACUCUCCCUGUCCUUUCACAGUAGAUGCCUCAGUCUAUGGGAAUAUUUCCCAUUUCAUCAAUCACUCUUGUGAUCCAAAUUUAGCAAUUUAUGCCUCGUGGAUCAAUUGUUUGGAUCCUAAUCUUCCGUUGCUAGUAUUGUUUGCCAUCAAAGAUAUUCGGAAAGGUGAAGAGCUGUGCUUUUCAUAUUCCCAGACUGACACAUCCAGGAGGAGGAAAGGAGAAGUUAAAUGUAGGUGCAAUACUGCCAAUUGUCGGAAGUACGUAUUUUAAAUGUUAGCAAAAUCUCAGAAGAAAUCUUUUUGGGUCUUAUUUAUAAUUUUGCAGAAGAGGGUCAUUGGAGAGGAGCUGAAGUUUUUUUAAUUUUAUAUUUUAUAUUUUGUCUGCUCAUUCAAUGUUUUCCUAUGUUCUAGAAUUCAUUCGUAAUUUUUACUGCAGGUUUUUUUUAUUUUUAUUUUAAACGGAUCCGUACAAAAUUUUAUUCCAGUUGCAAUACUGCCAACUAUGGUUACAUAUUUUAAAUGUCAGGAAAAUUUCAGAAUGACUCUUUUUGAGUCUUAUUUGUAGACUGGUCUUGGAGAAAAGGUACAUUAGAGAGGAGCUAAAAUUCUCAUUGUAUAUUUUUUCUCUUGGCUGCUUAUGUUUUCGACCUACUAAAAUUUAUGUGUGACUUUUACUGCAGGUUUUAAUAUAUUUAAAUCUACAUUUUAAACAAAACUCCAACUCCUCAAAAUGCUAAGGAGGUAUGAUUAAAAAUCAUACAAGUUGUUCGGAAUUUAUGAAAAUUCGUGAGUUGCCAGCUUACUUGUUAGAUAUUUUCUCACUCCUGAAGUGCCUUUUCAAACAUUUUCAGUGCUUUUGCUGAUAAUGUGUUCAUCAUGAUGACUCCACCAAGUUCUGACCCGGACAUUCAAAAUUGCUUGUUCCAUAGAACUAAUCUUUAAGGUGUUUGCCAGUAAGCAAAACGAUGACCAAAGUGCGAAACCACAUAUCCCUUUGCGACGUUACAGACUUCUCAUGAUACUUUAUUUUCUGUGAAAAAAAAAAAAAAAAAAAAAAAAAAAAAAAACAAGAAGGCAACAUAAUUUUGUAAAAACUUCAUCAAUUUUUCUCUACUAUUGGCAGAAUAUUAUGUAUAGAUUUCAAUCUAUAUAGUUAGCUUGUUUCUCUUCAAAAAAAUAAAAUCUGAGAGAAAAUUUUGAAACACCGUAAUGGAGAUACGUCGUUUUGCAUUUCGGCCAUUGAAACGUAAUGGACCAUCAGACUUGGAACAAAAUUAAGUACCAAAAUUGUUAAAAUUUUACGCAAAAUACAGUGGAUGCAUUAGUGUUUUACAAAAUCUCAUUGUAGUGCUUUUUGUGCAUUUAACUCACACUGCUCAUAAAAAAAAACCUAAGUAUACUCAAGUCAAAUCGAAGAAUAAACUGAUCUUGGUAUUGUUAACAGUGGAAGAAUAUUUCAUUGUGCCAAUUUUUUUUAAACGAGAUUAGAGAUGCCUUCCAUUAGAGGUAAAAGAAAAUGUCUGGGAAAGCAAGCUCCUGUCAUUAGCCCAAUAUGUAUAGGUUGUUUUCAAUGGCUGAUCUGAAAAAAGUUUACCAUAGUUUUUUCCAAAAGGCAAGUUUGAAUAUUCAUCCGUUCAUGAUGUAAACCGCAAGUGUUAUUUUCUCUAUUUUAAGGUUCUUUUGGAAGUUUUUGAUUUAGUUAACUUGUUUUAGAGGAACUUUUGAUGAGGCAAUAUGUUUUUAAGAGGUUAAAUUCUUACCCCAUCUUGUAGUUAAAUGGUGCGAUAAUUGUCAGUCAAGUUAAAAAGUAUCAAGAUCUAGGGGAAAAAAUUAGUAAAAGAUCCAACUUUUGAGAAUUUUUCGUCUUUAUUGUUAUGCGUAUCAGAAUAACUGGUAAAUAUUUAACCAAUAACCGGUUUAUUGUGUAGCACCAAGAUUUUUAUUUCGUGCUUUCUUAUUUUUUUUCCUAAUGUUAGGGUCACAUUACCACACGACAUUCUUUUAGAACAAGUUUCUAUUUUAGUUUUUUACUCCCUUGCCGAAUUGAUUGAAUUAAUUUCAAUAAAUUCAUUUAAUCUGACCUAGAGCCAGUAUUCACUGAUGUAGAUUAUUUAGACCAUCGUUUGGAGAAAUUAUUUGAAACUCUCAUCUGUCUUGUUCAAAACACAAAAUUGCCAAUUGUAAAAAAGAUUGUGAAAGUUAAGUAGUGACAAAAUUCUGAAUUGAAGAGCACAUAACUCAACCUUCGUUAGCUUCUUUGUGAAAAUAUUUGCUCCCAUCAAUCGCCCAAGCGAUUCAUCUCUUGUUUUGAAACGUUAUGAAGGUAAGGGAACGUAAGGAUCUUCUUAGUGAUCUGUAUUUUACUUGUUCUAAAUAUGUGCUCACAUUGAAAUUAACUGUUGUACGAUGUACUUAAAAAUGGUCCUGUUAAUCAGUUUGACAAAAAGCAAGAUCUGUUGAUUAGAAGUCUCGGUGGUCAGUUCCUUUUAGUCAUUCCAUGUAAAAAUUUAUCAUAAAUUGUGUAUAUCUUGUUUAAAAUACUAAAUGUGUUUUAAAUUUUCAAUCAAAUAAAUUGUUUUCUAGUAAAAUAUA